AUGCCCACCAUUAUCAAUGUCCCACCACCAUCUUACUAUACUCACCAUUAUCAAUGUCCCACCACCAUCUUACUAUACCCACCAUUAUCAAUGUCCCAGCACCAUCUUACUAUACCCACCACUAUCAAUGUCCCAGCACCAUCUUACUAUACCCACCAUUAUCAAUGUCCCAGCACCAUCUUACUAUACCCACCAUUAUCAAUGUCCCAACACCAUCUUACUAUACCCACCACUAUCAAUGUCCCACCACCAUCUUACUAUACCCACCAUUAUCAAUGUCCCAACACCAUCUUACUAUACCAACCAUUAUCAAUGUCCCACCACCAUCUUACUAUACCCACCAUUAUCAAUGCCCCAACACCAUCUUACUAUACCCACCACUAUCAGUGUCCCACCACCAUCUUACUAUACCCACCAUUAUUAAUGUCCCACCACCAUCUUACUAUACCCACCAUUAUCAAUGUCCCACCACCAUCUUACUAUACCCACCAUUAUCAAUGUCCCACCAUUAUCAAUGUCCCAGCACCAUCUUACUAUACCCACCAUUAUCAAUGUCCCAGCACCAUCUUACUAUACCCACCACUAUCAAUGUCCCAGCACCAUCUUACUAUACCCACCAUUAUCAAUGUCCCAGCACCAUCUUACUAUACCCGCCAUUAUCAAUGUCCCAGCACCAUCUUACUAUACCCACCAUUAUCAAUGUCCCACCACCAUCUUACUAUACCCCCCACUAUCAAUGUCCCACCACCAUCUUACUAUACCACAGGUAUCAAUGUCCCACCAUUAUCAAUGUCCCAGCACCAUCUUACUAUACCCACCAUUAUCAAUGUCCCAGCACCAUCUUACUAUACCCACCAUUAUCAAUGUCCCAGCACCAUCUUACUACACCCCCAUUAUCAAUGUCCCAGCACCAUCUUUCUACACCCCCCAUUAUCAAUGUCCCAGCACCAUCUUACUACACCCCCCAUUAUCAAUGUCCCAGCACCAUCUUACUAUACCCCCCACUAUCAAUGUCCCAGCACCAUCUUACUAUACCCACCAUUAUCAAUGUCCCAGCACCAUCUUACUAUACCCACCAUUAUCAAUGUCCCAGCACCAUCUUACUAUACCCACCAUUAUCAAUGUCCCACCACCUUACUAUACCCACCAUUAUCAAUGUCCCAGCACCAUCUUACUAUACCCACCACUAUCAAUGUCCCAGCACCAUCUUACUAUACCCACCAUUACCCCAUUAAUGCGUGUAGCCCCCCCUCAAUGCGUGUAGCCCCCCCUCAAUGCGUGUAG